CAAGCCCCACCCCCCACCCCUCCAGGCUUCGCUUUUACAAAAGGUCUCCCCGGUGUUAGCUGCCGAGGCGCCCAGUGUUAGCCGGACCGAAGCCGUAGCGGCACCCCCGGCUUAGCGCCCCGCCCAGUCCCUUUCCCUUGCUGGGGAUCCCCUUCUUCCCCGCCCACCCCUUACCCUCCAUGCAGUCCAGCGCCCUAUGCUAACGCUCCCCCUCCCCCCUCCAGGAGCGGGGCGCCGCCAGGGGAGGAGGGGGAAUCGGCAGUGGGUCCUUGGUGUUCUAGCACCCAGCUCCCCUCCAAGUGGGUCGCUAUGUACGACUGCAUGGAAUCGUUUGCCCCGGGUCCGCGACGGCUGUAUGGAGCGGCCGGGCCCGGGGCCGGCUUACUGCGCAAAGCCACCGGCAGCUCCUGUUUCGCAGGACUUGAGUCUUUUGCUUGGCCGCAACCCGCCAGUCUGCAAUCUGUGGAGACACAGAGCACAAGUUCAGAGGAGAUGGUUCCCAGCUCACCCUCGCCCCCACCGCCUCCUCGGGUCUACAAGCCGUGCUUCGUGUGCAAUGACAAGUCCUCUGGUUACCACUAUGGGGUCAGCUCAUGUGAAGGCUGCAAGGGCUUCUUCCGACGCAGCAUCCAGAAGAAUAUGGUAUACACGUGUCAUCGGGACAAAAACUGUAUCAUCAACAAGGUGACCAGGAAUCGCUGCCAGUACUGCCGGUUACAAAAGUGCUUUGAAGUAGGCAUGUCCAAGGAAGCUGUGCGGAAUGAUAGGAACAAGAAGAAGAAAGAGGUAAAGGAGGAAGGGUCACCUGACAGCUAUGAGCUGAGCCCACAGUUAGAAGAGCUCAUCACCAAGGUCAGCAGAGCCCAUCAGGAGACCUUCCCCUCGCUCUGCCAGCUGGGCAAGUACACCACGAACUCUAGUGCAGACCACAGGGUGCAGCUGGAUCUGGGGCUGUGGGACAAAUUCAGUGAGCUGGCCACCAAGUGCAUCAUCAAGAUCGUGGAGUUUGCGAAGCGGUUGCCUGGCUUUACAGGGCUCAGCAUUGCUGACCAGAUCACUCUGCUCAAGGCUGCCUGCCUGGACAUCCUGAUGCUGCGGAUCUGCACAAGGUACACCCCGGAGCAGGACACAAUGACCUUCUCCGAUGGGCUCACCCUGAACCGGACUCAGAUGCACAAUGCUGGCUUUGGGCCCCUCACAGACCUCGUCUUUGCCUUUGCUGGGCAGCUCCUGCCACUGGAGAUGGAUGACACAGAGACAGGGCUGCUCAGUGCCAUCUGCCUCAUCUGUGGAGACCGCAUGGACCUAGAGGAACCUGAAAAAGUAGACAAGCUGCAGGAGCCACUGCUGGAAGCCCUGAGGCUAUAUGCCCGGCGCCGGCGGCCCAGCCAGCCCUACAUGUUCCCAAGGAUGCUCAUGAAGAUCACUGACCUCCGUGGCAUCAGCACCAAGGGUGCAGAAAGGGCCAUUACCCUGAAGAUGGAGAUUCCAGGUCCUAUGCCCCCACUGAUCCGAGAAAUGCUGGAGAACCCUGAAAUGUUUGAGGACGACUCCUCACAGCCUGGUUCCAACCCCAAGGCCUCCAGCGAGGAUGAGGCCCCCAGAGGCCAGAGCAAAGGGAGCCGGAGUCCCCAACCUGACUAGGGCCUCUGACCUCCUCUACUGUGGGGUUGGGCUCCAGGUAGCAGACUGACCAUCUCCCAGACACCACCAGUGACUGGGGGAGGACCUGCUCUGCCCUCUCCCCACCUUUCCAAGGAGCUCCUUGUUUUGCCAAAGUUUCCAGGGGUGCCUCUGUAUUCAUCCCUUCCUGCCCUGAUGGCUCCCUCUCCAGUCCUGGGAGCCUGUCCUGCUCUCAGCAGGAGGAAGAGCAGAGGGGUGAGCCUGGGUCUGGACUGUACAAUCACAGCACUGCCCCACAGAUAUCAGGGACUCAGGCUCCCCAGGUUAGGAGGGAGCCCUGUCAUCCCCUAGCCCCUUCCUGUGCUGGGUGCUUGGUCCUCUUUGAGCAAACAGGAACACUAGAGAGCACAAGGGGGGCCCAAGUGGGCUAAGCUCACCCUCUUGCCCCCACCCUUGGUGCCUAAUGCUGUGUGAUGCACGUUGCCCAAAUACCCGGGCCUCAUGCCAGGUCAGGGGUGGGGUGGGCUGGGCCCUAUAUUUCUGGAGCGACACUUGAGGAUGAAAGGGACAGAUGCAGGCCUGUUCUGCACCUCUUUGCUGGGGUGCAGCGUUUACUCGUGGCCUCCUCCGUUACAAGCCCCUCCCCCAGCCUUGUCAAGUGCCUUGGGCUCCUCCUGACCCCCAUCUCAGCCAUCGGGCAGGGACCCUCUACACUACAGAAGGGCCAGGGAGCCCUCUCCUCCUAGUGCCUUCCACCCUGUACUCCAGAGCAGCUUGGCCCAGGAGGGGAGUUGCUGCUUAGCUGAUCCCACCAAACCCGAGGAAGCCUCUAUUUAUUUAUUAGCUUUUGUUUACACCCUGGAAUGACCCCUUCCUCUAGGGGUUUUGGGAGGGGGACCCCAGGACCUCUGUGACUCCUCCCUUUUUCCUCCAAUCCCUCAGUUUGUAUUUAGCUGCCAAAUAAGAUUCCGCUGGCUCCCCUUUUUCUCUGGGGGGUCAGGGUGCUGUCCCCGCCCCUCUGUUUACAUCUCCCCUCCAUCUGUAUCGCGUCUGCAUAUUGCUGAGUUUUCUAUUUUUGCAAAAUAAAGUGAUGGAAACUCAUG